AUGCAAAACCAAAGAAUGGAGAUGUUAGAUCUACGAAGAGUACUUGGGGUAAAAAGGAAAGAUAGACUAAGGAACAGCUUUAUAAGAGAGGAACUAAAAGUAGAUUCGAUCCUGAAUAAAAUUGAGCAAUGCCAGCUUAGGUGGUAUGGAUAUUUGAUCAGAAUGAACAACGACAUACCAGUAAAAGGCGUGUGGGAAGCUAAAAUGCAGGGAAAGAGACCAAGGGGAAGACCAACUAAAACAUGGAAUGACACAAUAGAGAAGAUAGUACAGGAAAGAGGACUAACAUUAACAGAAGCCAAAAGUUUAGCAAGAGACAAAAAUAGAUGGAAACAAUUUGUGUAUAGUGUAGCAAUUAAGUGA